AUGACUGUACAAGAACCAUUUCACGAUUAUACUUUGAAAGUUAUUAGAUUAUUAGUUGCUGAUUUAGUUCAACAAUUCAAUGGUGGUCACCCAGGAGGUGCCAUGGGAAUGGCUGCUAUUGGUGUCAGUUUAUGGAAAUAUGUAAUGAAAUAUGCUCCUUCAGAUCCAAACUUCUUCAACAGAGAUAGAUUCGUUUUAUCCAAUGGUCACACUUGUUUAUUCCAAUAUAUCUUCUUACACUUAACUGGUUAUAAACACAUGACUAUGAGUCAAUUGAAAACUUACCAUUCAGCUGAUUUGAAUUCUUAUUGUCCAGGACAUCCAGAAAAUGAACAUCCAGGUAUUGAAUUGACCACUGGUGCUUUAGGUCAAGGUAUUAGUAAUUCUGUUGGUUUAGCCAUUGCUGGUAAAAAUUUACAAGCUACAUACAAUAAACCUGAAUUCCCAGUUAUUAGCAGUCAAAUUUUCUGUAUGGUUGGAGAUGCCUGUUUACAAGAAGGUGUUGCCUUGGAAUCUAUUUCCUUUGCUGGUCAUUUAGGAUUAGGUAAUUUGACUGUUAUCUACGAUAAUAAUCAAAUCACUUGUGAUGGUUCAGUGGACUUAACCAAUACUGAGAACAUUAAAGAUAAAUUCCUUGCUUGUAACUGGGAAGUUUUAGAAAUUUCAGAAGGUGACAAUGUUAACCAAAUUGUUGAAGCUUUGGAAUAUAGUAAAACUACCGAAAAACCAACUAUUAUUAUUGUCAAUACUAGAAUUGGUAUUGAUACGGCUGUUGAAGGAACUGCUGUUGCUCACGGAGCUGCUUUUGGUCAAAGUGAAGUUGAUAAAUUACACGAAUUAUAUCAAUCCCCUGAAAAAUUUUAUGUUCCAUCUGAAGUAUACGAUUUCUUCAAAGUUGACGAAUCUUUCGUCGAUGAUUGGAACAAACUAUUUGCUGAUUACCAAAAAGCAUACCCUGAAUCAGGAGAGGAAUUAGCUCGUAGAAUUAAAGGGGAAUUACCAGAUUGGAAACAUUUAAUUCCUAAAGAAUUACCUUCUUCUGCCACUGCUUCACGUAAAGCUAGUGGUUUAGUUUUCAACAACAUUGCUAAAAAUGUUAAUUCAUUCAUGGUAGGAACAGCUGAUUUAUCACCAUCUGUUAACAUGGCUUGGGCAGAUAAGAAAGAUUUCCAAAAUCCAAAAAUCAAGACCCAAUGUGGUAUUAAUGGUGAUUACAGUGGUAGAUAUAUCCAUUAUGGUAUUAGAGAACAUGCUAUGGCAUCUAUUUCUAAUGGUAUUGCUGCUUAUAACAAGGGAACUUUCAUUCCUGUCACAUCUUCAUUCUUCAUGUUCUAUCUUUAUGCCGCUCCUGGUGUUAGAUAUGGUGCAUUAUCAGAAUUUCAAGUAAUCCAUGUUGCUACUCAUGAUUCUAUUGGUAUCGGUGAAGAUGGUCCAACUCAUCACCCAAUUGAAUUGGCCGCUUUAUACAGAUCCAUGCCAAAUAUGUUAUAUAUUAGACCAUGUGACAACGAAGAAGUUGCAGGAGCUUGGGAAGCUGCUAUUGAUUAUCCUCAUUCCACCAUCAUUUCAUUAUCAAGACAUAAUUUGAAACAAUAUCCUGAAUUAUCCAAACGUGAUAAAGUCAAAUUAGGUGCUUAUGUCUUUUCAGAAGUUGAAGAUCCAGCAUUAAAUAUCUUGGUUACUGGUUCUGAAAUGCAAUUUGCCAUGGAAGCACAAGAAAUCUUAGCUAAAAAAGGUAUCAAAGCUAAUGUUAUCUCAUUCCCAUGUCAAAGAUUAUUCGAUAAUCAACCACUUGAAUACAAAAGAUCAAUUUUAAAACAAGGUAAAUUACCUUCAGUUAUUAUUGAAGCCUAUGCUGUUAAUGGUUGGGAAAAAUAUGCCACAGCAGGUAUUAACAUGAAAACUUUCGGUAAAUCUUUACCAGGACCAAAAGUUUAUGAAUAUUUUGGUUAUAAUAGUGAAGUUAUUGCUGAUAAAAUUGAUAAGUAUUACUCAAAUUGGUCAAAAGAUGAAGACUUGAAAUAUGAAUUCCAAGAACUUUAA